AUGGAACAGCAUGAUGCUAGCAUUUUGAGUUAUAAAAGGCUGUCGGCAAGUCAUCUAUCGUCUAAUAAUCAACCUUCAAAGUCAGCAUCGAACAAGAUAUCGAACAUGACUUCGAACAUGACAUCCAGCAUCGCGAUGGAAACAAUUGGAAGUACCUCUGAGAAGCUACCUGAAAAGCGAAACGACGGCAAGUCACUCACGGAUGUGAUCAGCUUGGGUGAACUAGAAGAGAACACUCUUCACUACAGGGGGGAUGUGGACUUGGGAAUGAAGGUCGCGAAUGAGUCGCUUGGCCUUGAAGUCGACGAAGCUACCAACAAAAAGCUGCUUCGCAAGGCCGAUAUGUUCAUCUGUACAAUGAUGAGUGUCGUCUAUGCGGUCCAAUACAUGGACAAGCAGACAAACUCGUACGCAUCCAUUAUGGGUCUCAGAGAAGAUCUGAACAUGGUAGGCAAUCAGUACAGUUGGGUAGGGACAAGUUUCUACCUUGGGUACAUGAUAUUCGAAAUUCCUAGCUCUCUCGCCCUUCAGCGGUUCCCAAUAGCCAAAACGAGCGGCAUUUUCAUUUUGUUGUGGGGCUUUGUGCUUUGUAUGACCUGUCUUCCAAAGACAUACGCUGGCUUUAUCGUAACAAGAACGAUUCUCGGUAUUCUUGAGUCUGCUGUGACACCUGCCUUUAUGCUACUUACAUCUCAAUGGUACAAACGCGAGGAACAGCUGUUGAGAACAUCGAUUUGGAGUGCUUCUGCUGGUUUGGGAGCUAUCCUAGGUGCGCUUAUUGCCUACGGCCUCACUAUCCGCAAUGCGGAGACCCUUCCAAUGGUCUCCUGGAGGCUGCUUUACGUUGUUCUUGGUGUGAUUACAAUUGCACUUGGUCUCGUUUUCCUGGUCCAUGUUCCCGAUACCCCUGCCACGGCCUGGUUUUUGACAAAGCAGGAAAGGCUGCUAACUGUGGAAAGAAUCCGUACUAACAAGCAAGGGUUCGGAAACCGUCAUUUUAAGAUGGACCAGUUGAAGGAAGUGUUCAUGGACAUCAGAACCUACCUAUACUUUUGCCUUAUGGUUGCAGCUGAAAUUCCUAAUGGUGGAAUUGGUAGUUUUGGUUCCAUCAUGUUGAAAGACAUGGGGUUUUCCACCACGAAGGCGCUAUUAAUGGGUAUGCCAUUCGGAGCUGUUGAGUUCGGGGGCAUCGUCUUAGUCGGUUACAUUGCUCAAAGAUAUCAAAGACGCAUGUAUGCAGCAAUGUUCAGUUAUUGCCUCAACAUCUUCUCUGGAUGCCUACUAGCAUUCCCUGCAAGCACACACGCACAGCUGGCUGGUUAUUAUCUACAAGGAAUGGCCGUUAUUGGUUGGAUUUGUUUCAUUAGUUGUGUCUCUUCCAACACUGCAGGCCACACUAAGAAAGUGGUAACCAGUGCCAUCUGCAUGAUCGGGUACUGCGUAGGUAACCUCAUUGGACCACAGACUUUUAUUGCAACAGAAGCACCCCACUACAGAAGCGCCAAAAUCGCUAUUGUCGUUUGUUUUGUUAUCUGUCUCGCCUUGACCAUAGCAUUGUACUACGUCAACGUAAGGGCAAACAAACUUCGCGAUGCCAAGAAUGAAAAGCUGGACCCAUCUUUCAUUAAUUCGGAAUUCGCCGAUCUAACUGAUUUCCAGAACCCAGAGUUCAGAUACAGUUUGUGA